AUGGCGGGCACGGCAGACGUCUCGCGCGUCGAGGCGCCGGUGACGCUCAAGGCCUACCUGAUGUGCGCCUUCGCGGCCUUUGGAGGCAUCUUCUUCGGCUUCGACUCGGGCUACAUCAACGGCGUCAUGGGCAUGGAGUACUUCAUCACCCUCUUCACCGGCCUCAAGAAGUCUGACUUCGUCGACAACCCAGAAGGCUUCACCCUUCCCUCCUGGCAGAAGUCCCUGAUCACCUCCAUCCUCUCAGCCGGCACCUUCUUCGGCGCCAUCGCGGCCGGCGACCUCGCUGACUUCAUCGGCCGACGCACCACCAUCAUCAUCGGCUGCGGCAUCUUCAUUGUUGGUGUCAUACUGCAGACGGCUCUGCGGGCCUCAACCUGCUCGUGCCGACGUCUGAUCGCUGCAUCGGCGUCGGAAGGUCAGAGGCGCCAUCGUCUCCGGAUACCAGUUCUGCAUCACCGUGGGCCUCCUGCUGGCCUCUGCGUCGACUACGGCACCCAGUCGCGCCAGGACUCGGGUUCCUACCGCAUCCCCAUCGCCCUGCAGAUGCUCUGGGCCCUCAUCCUGGGCGGCGGCCUCUUCCUCCUGCCCGAGUCCCCCCGUUACUUCGUCAAGAGAGGCAGGCUCGAAGAUGCGCAGGCGUCGCUUGCUCGUCUGCGUGGCCAGGACCGCGACUCAGACUACAUCCGCGAAGAGCUCGCUGAGAUCGUCGCCAACCACGAGUACGAGAUGCAGGCUGUGCCCCAGGGUUACUGGGCCUCCUGGCUGCACUGCUUCCACGGCAGCCUCUUCAACCCGGCCAGCAACCUGCGCCGUAUCAUCCUCGGAACCGCCCUGCAGAUGUUCCAGCAGUUCACGGGUAUCAACUUCAUCUUCUACUUCGGAACCACCUUCUUCCAGGACCUGGGCACCAUCGAGAACCCCUUCCUCAUCGGCCUCAUCACUACCCUCGUCAACGUCUGCUCUACCCCGAUCUCCUUCUGGACCAUCGAACGCUUCGGCCGUCGUGCGCUGCUCAUCUGGGGCGCCGUCGGCAUGUUCACCUGCGAGUUCAUCGUGGCCAUCAUCGGCGUCACGGACGGCCAGAACAGAAACGCCGUGCAGGGCAUGAUCGCGCUUAUCUGCAUCUACAUCUUCUUCUUCGCCUCGACCUGGGGCCCCGGCGCGUGGGUCGUCAUCGGCGAAAUCUACCCGCUCCCCAUCCGAUCCCGAGGUGUCGGUCUCUCCACCGCCUCCAACUGGCUCUGGAACUGCAUCAUCGCCGUCAUCACUCCCUUCCUGGUCGGAACCGACAAGGCCAACCUCGGCGCCAAAGUGUUCUUCAUCUGGGGCUCGCUCUGCGUAGGCUGCUUCCUCUUCGCCUUCUUCCUCAUCCCCGAAACCAAGGGCCUCACUCUCGAACAAGUCGACAAGAUGAUGGAGGAGACCACCCCCAUCAAGUCCGCCAGCUGGAAGCCACACACCACCUUCGCUGCCGAGAUGGGCCACGUCGCUACCGGAGGAGCUGCCGACGAGAAGUCUGCUGCCUUUGGCGAAGCUGGUGCAGACUCUGCUGUUUAA